AUGCCCCAGCCUCCCCUCGACGUUCGCAAGUACCUCUCCUUCCAGCUUCCCCACAUCCACGAGAAGUACCCCCCGGGAACGGGCGGUACCGGCCCUCGUGUCUCGUGGGACGGCAACCUCAAGGGUGUCGAGGUCAUUGACAACUUCGGCCAGGACGUCAAGAAGUUCAUCGACCAGCUUCCCAAGGAGCCCCUCACCACCGACCCGUACCACAAGUACCCCAAGUUCGUCCAGGUCCAGUCCGAGCUCCCCAACCCCAUCACCGACCAGGGUGACCUCCAGAAGGCCCUGACGACCCUUCCUCUCAAGUGCGUUUCGUCUGUCCUCACCGCGUACGAGUCCGGCCCCACGGGCUGCAACCUCCCGCGCCGCAUCGAUGCCGCCGGCUACGAGUCUGACGGCGGUGAGGACGAGGUUGCCGCCGUCCCGCGCGACGACUCGAAGGCGUGGUUCUGGCGCUACUCCAAGUCGCCCAUGGGCUCUGGUGAGCACCUGCUCGUCAAGGGCGACAAGGGCGAGAAGAUUUCGCUCGUCGUCCGCACGACCAACUCGCGCGCCCUCACCGACGAGGACUGGAAGGAGUUUGUCGUCACCGGCCCGUACAACUACAACACGAAGAGCAAGGCGUCGUGGUACUGGUCGCGCACGUGGGGUGCGUGCAAGCGUCUCGACACGCGCUGGUGGGUCCUCACCGACUGGCAGAAGUGGAUCUUUGGCUGCUUCAACGACGACAUGACUCACGGCUGGACCUCGCCCAUCAUGAAGUACGACUCGAAGGAUCCCACCGUCCUCGAGGCGCUCCUCUACUGGGUCGAGAGCGCUAAGGGCGACAAGGCCGGCUUCAAGCCCAACGCCAAGGACGUCAGCAGCCUCCCCGCCCUCUUCCCCUCCAACCCCGCCCGCCGCAUCUCGGUCUCGGGCAACAGGCCCCACAAGCCUCGCGACCCCUCCAAGCCCAAGACGGCCAACGAGAGCGACGUCGAGGAAGACGAUGCCGAGGACGGUGCUUAG